UAUAAAAAUAUUUUAACGCGGUACCUGGCUUAACCGAAAAGUGAGAAAGAAAAAGCCCUCGGAGAGAAGGAAGAAGAAGAAAAGAUAGAAAUGGUAGUGGGAAAGUACUACUGCGACUACUGUGACAAGCAAUUCCAAGACACCCCUUUCGCCAGAAAACGCCAUCUUCAAGGCGUCCAACACCUCCGUGCCAAGUCUCUUUGGUACGAUUCUCUCUCUCCCCAGGCCACCCACCAGUCUUUCCCUGAAGGGAAGAAGGGUAUCUGUAACCGCUUCACCAAAACGUAUUCUUGCCCAUAUGGUGAUUCUUGUAAAUACCUUCAUAUUGACAUCAACAAUACGCAAAAAGCAGAGACUAAAGCUACAGGCUUUAUAGAUAAUGCCCGGUCAUCAUCAGUUGAUCCAAGAAUUCAAUUAGUUGGUGGUGGAAGCUCUUUGCCUGGUGAUGUGGUGGGAGGUGGCAUGGGAAUGUCAUGGGGCAAUCUACCUCCAUCGCUAAAACCUCCUCCUGAGGGGGGAUAUCCUCCUCUUCCCUUCGUGGAUUGGGGAUAAUGCUGCUGUUUUAUUUGGUCAUACCUUUGUCAAACUAGUAAUAUGAACACUGAGAUAUAGUUUCUUGUCAUGUCAGCUAAAUUGAUCGUAUUCCUCCAUAUAUACUAGUUCAAUUCUACAACGUGGUUCUUGUAGUUACAUCCCGAGCUGUGGAGUGUCAUAGGCAGAUUUUGCCUCCUUAUAUUUUACUCCUGACACUGUGGAGCAUUGAACAAAUUCAGCAUAUUGAGUGCAUGUCUUUUUAAUAUAAACUUUCAAAUUCAGUUGGUGAA